AUGCACUCCCCCCGUCUCAUUUCUGCUCUUACAAUCGUCGUCCUCAUUCUCGUCACCAUAUACAUCCUUUAUCCAUCCUAUUCUGGCUCCGGAGCUCUCUUACCAGCCAACUCCACCCUCGGGUUCGGCACCAUACUAGCAGUCAGUCACACUGACUCGCCCCGCCGCUCCGGUCUUCUAUGGGCCGCCAACCUCACCAAUCUGGCCAUUGAGAUACCAGAUCAGCCAAGAUGGACUGAAGGCGAUUUCCAAGCAUUCACGGCGGAGGAGAAUACUAUCAGUAAGGGAAGCGCGUUUGCUUGGAUGGGGCAUCUGAACGCUUUGAGACGGUUUCUAGACACAUCCCACGAAACUGCUCUAAUAAUCGAAGACGACACCGACUUCUCACUCCACAUCCGCCAGACACAAAUCCCCCUCCUAGCCGCUGCAGUACGGACGCUCUUCGACUCAAUCUCUGCUUCUCCCAACGACUACUGGGGCCCGCGAGGCGCAUGGCAAAUCCUCUACCCAGGCCACUGCGACGACCUGCCUCAGCCAAUCGAGCCUUCUCAUCUCGCAUACCACGACCCCACAUCUCCUGCUCACACCUCUUUACAUCCAGCUACGCAAUCCUUCCUCACCCCCAACCUGCUCCCACCGCAAACUCGCAUCUUGCAUCGCACGCGCUACCCCUUCUGCACCUUUGCGUAUGCCGUGACGCGCGAAUCUGCUGUGCUCAUACUCGAGCGAUUCAGCAAGGAGAAGGAAAGUGGUAUAUCGGCCUACGACGUCCAGCUUCUCGAAGCGUGCACGGGGAGCUUAGGAUGUUGGAGUGUAGUGCCCGAGCUGUUUCAUCAUGUUGUUGGGGCUAGUGAGAUUGGUCGGCAAGAUGCGGGGGGAGGUGGUCGGGUGGGUGUGGAAGUGCCGGACAGAGGGACGUGGAAUGUAGAAUGCGGAGCGAGGGACAAGGGGGUUUGGGUCGACGAGGCAGACAGAGAGGUUAGGGAGGAGGUGAAGAAGCUGAUUGGGGAUAUGGUGGUGAGGAGCGAAUGUCCGAUUGAUAAGCUGGACUCGGAGAAGGACUGGAGAGGAUGCGAAUGGGAAGAAUGUGGUGCGCAGUCUUGA